UAAUAUAUAUUAUAUAGUCGCAAGCAACUGAUUAUUUGAAUGAAAUAAUUUUUUGUUCAGUGUGUUUAUGUAUACAAAAUAAAUACUAAAUAAUAUUUUUACUUGUUUUCUCAAUAAAAUAUUUGCAAAAAUACAUUGCUUAUUGCAAUAUUUACAACGAUAAUUUGAUUGCGCUAAUCAUUUUCUGCAUAAAGAGUGAUUUAAUAUGAAGUGAAGCCGAGAAAUAUUUCAUCCAAGUGCAUUGAUAUUUUCACAGAAAAAUGGCCAAUAAACAAGAAGAAAAGAUAUGCUAUCUUUGCGACAAAGUAUUGCUGCCAGCUGACUUGAGAACUGUUGGAGAACGUUCUCUUUUGACGAUUGUUGCUGCCAGUCUCAAAAGGAAGGACAAAAAGCACCAGUUCCUAAAGACUGUAAAAUCUCUGGAUAUUCACAAAAAUUGCCAAACAUAUUAUGUAAGGCAGCGGAAUAUUGAUGCGUCAUUAAAGGCAAAAAAGGAGUCUGCUGAUAAAAAGCGAAGGCAAAGGUUGGAAACAAAAGACUUCAACUUUUCUUUACAUUGUUUCUUCUGUGGUAAGAAUGCACAUAAACAACUUCAAGAAAACCCUAUAAAAUUUGUUAGGUCUAUUAACACUAGACAAAAUAUUUUGGAUAAAAUAUCGAAUAGAAAAGCUAACGAACAAUUUCAUGAAUUUGAUGAAAAUGUGUUUAUGCGAUUGAACAAUGUGAAUGAUUUAUGUGAAUUAAAUGCUCGAUAUCAUGCUCGUUGUAUGAAAAAAUUUUACUAUUCUCCUUCAAGUAAUCCAAAAGUUCCGCAUAUGGGCGAAAAAAUGAGUACAGUUUUGCAGCAUAUAAUUAAUGCAAUUUAUGAAAAUGAAGAGGAGUGUCAGUUUUCUUUGAAAAAAAUGUUAAUUACAAUUGAUGGAGAAAUUCCGCGCAUUGAUAGAAUCAAGUUGAAAUUACAGGAAUUUUUGGGUGAUAACAUUGAAAUGUAUACAGAAAAAAAUGAAACGACUAUUUGCUUUAAAGACUGUUAGAUAUGAAGUUGUGAAUAAUUUUUGAUGAGAGUGACAACGAAUUGAAAAUGUUAAAUUGUCCUACAUUUAAUUAAUGUAAUAAAGUAAAUAUUUUUAUUAUUCAUA